AUGGCUACUGUUGAAAUCAACGAUGCCGUCUUCUGUCAGGCCCACCUUAAGGAAUGUGACGAAUGCGAGGUCGAUCUACGUGAAGAAAACGACGCUUUCUACGGCUUGAACUCCACUGACCGCGAUGCCCUUGAGCUUCUCCCGGCUACCCUGACUGAUGAUGGUUUAUACUCCUGUGCGCAGCACGAAUCUUCCUCACUUACCGACUGGAAAUCUCAGCCUGUACUACGUGUUUUGGUUGGAAGAAAGCUAUCGUAA